AUGGCAAGCAAGCCUCUCCUCUCAGGAUCAGGGGGGGCAGGGAGGAGGGCAGGCACAUAUAAACACUCCACUUCAAAAAGCACACAGACUGAAAAGCUUGUACAGCAAUUGCCUCCUACAGAGGAGAAGGCACCUGUUCUACAAACGGAAGUAGCUACAAAUGUUCAAAAUACAAAACACAAUAAACCGAUAUUGGAGAGUACUUCUGUUUGUCGCAACUUUAGAUUAAACCAUAUUAGUCAAGUUGCAAAGAAACACAUUUCUUCACCGAAACAUUUUAAACAUCCAUCUAAUAAAAGUCCAAAGAUUCUUGUUCAUGUGACUUUAAAAAAUUUAUUUGGCCAAGACUGUCGACAAUAUGCGAUUGGAGAAAAGUCACUCUCGUCAUUUUUCAAUACUUCUAGUGAUAAUAAUAAGGAUAUUCCAGACUGUAAUAAAAGUAUUCACAGUCAGCUCAAGUCAGAGAAGAAAUCUCCUAUAAACCAGUUCAAAUAUAGUAGUAUAUAAUCUGUGCUGGAAUCAGAUUGUGCUAAGAACAAUAAGAAACAGUGCUGCAAUAAAAUUUCAACUAAAGAAACAACUGUAAAAUACUGGUUGCAAGCACAAUUUUAUCCAAUGAUCCUAGAGUACCUUUUCGAUUUACUGCAAAUCACGAGAGUCCUCAUCACGCUGUAUGCUCGAGAAGUCCGCCGCAUGUAUACAUACAAGCGGGUAUUAGUUGGAAGUCUUCAGAAACAUCAACACAAACCAAUUUCUUUUUAA